CAAGCACAUACUUAUCGUUACCGUUUCCUGUAGUAGUAGUGUACAAUGUUGUACCUAACAAUUCUCCUCCUCCUCCCUGCUCUGGCCUCCUGCAAAGUGGAUCCGGAGCUCCACAUGCCGACACCGGAGAUGAUCAGGUAUAUGGGGUACCAGGCAGAGGAGCACUGGGUAACCACACCAGACGGGUACAUCCUGGGCAUGCACCGCAUACCAGCCGGCAAAUCCGGAAUUCGGACAUCCGGACCUAAACCUGUAGUGUUCCUGCAGCACGGACUGACGGACUCCAGUGCCACCUGGGUCAUGAACAUGCCGAACAACAGUUUGGGUUUCAUGAUGGCGGACGCAGGGUUUGAUGUGUGGCUAGGGAACGUGAGAGGGAACACUUACUCUACAAACCACACCUCACUUAGCCCUAAAGAUGCUAAGUUCUGGGAGUUUACAUUCGACGAGUUCGCUGCAAUAGACCUGCCGACUAUGGUUAACUUCGUUCUGAAACAGACCGGGGUUAAGACCAUCUCCUACUUCGGACACUCUCAAGGGACCCUCAUUGCUUUUAUUGAGUUCUCCAAGAACCAGGAGUUAGCAGCAAAAAUCAACAUGUAUGGAGCAAUGGCCCCAGUUGCUCGUAUAACCCACAUUGAGGGACUGAUAAAAGGACUGAACCUGAUCGAACCACAACUCGAGAAGCUUCUAGCAGUGCUAGGAAUCCACGACUUUGCGCCGAGUAACUGGUUUGUAAGGGAACUAGCAGCACUACUGUGCCCCCUAGAACAAGCUGUAGUGUGUAGAAACAUCAUGUUCCUCCUCUGCGGCUACGACCUCUCCAACCUGGACGAAGAGCGCGUUCCCAUCUACAUCGCGCACACCCCUGCUGGAACUAGCGUGCGAAACAUGCUCCACUGGGCGCAGCUCCUGCGCGACGGACAGCUCCAGAGAUACGACUUCGGGAGUCCUGAUGAGAACUUGAAACACUACAACUCCACUACACCUCCUACCUACGAUAUCACAGGGUUGAAUAUUCCUACUGCUCUCAUUGCUGGUGGGAACGACUUUCUGGCGGACCCCAGAGACGUGGCGUGGUUAGAGGGACAGCUUAACCCAAAGAUUAUUGUUGAGAAUAUCUUCUACGAUGAUUACAAUCAUCUUGAUUUCGUUUGGGGGAAUGACGCGUAUGAGAGGGUUUAUAAAACUGCUAUUGCUCUUGCCAAGAAAUAUUCUGGAGUCUAAAUGAAAGUUUCUUGAAUUGAGUAUUGAUCAUGUUGAGUACAUUCAUAACUGCUAAUAUGGUGACAUUUUCAUUAAGUAACAAUAAUUCUUUAAAGUUAUAAUUCAUGUUUUUUUGGAAAAUUUUUGAUUUCAGUAGAUUAACCUGUUAUUUUACAAUUUUAGUAAACCUAAUAAACAAUUAAUAUUUCA